CCUCUCUCUCCCCCUCUCUCUCUCUCUCCCUCCCCCAGGGCCCAUGAGCAGGACCUGGGUAAGAGACAUGAGCGUGAGCUGGGCGAGCUGAGCGGGGCCCACCACCGGGAGACACACAUCAUGCUGGCUGACUUCAACAAGGCCCAGGAGGCCCUGAAGGACAAGAUCACCGCCCUCCAGAUACUGCUCGAAGGCACGGAGGACAAGUUCCGGAACCGCGAGAGCCGCCCGGAGGACCUGGCCGCGAUCGCCGAGCUUCGCGCCAUGGUUACGGAGCGAGAGACGCUGGUCAAGAAGUUAGUGGAUGACAAGAAGUUCUACCAGCUGGAGUUGGUCAACAGAGAGACAGGCUUCAGCAAAGUGUUUAACUCCAGUGCCAACGUUGGCGUGAUCAACCCACUGGUCAAGCCUUCCUGAAGCUAUGAACAUGUCCUCAACAACCGACCAAUCAGAGGAGGCGCAUGGAGAAAGAAAUUAAGAAAUACCAGUAAAACAGAAACAAGCGAUUGUUGCAACAUUGCACUCUCCGACAAAAAACAAACCGUUGAGUCAAAAGACGUGUGUUCUGACAGAUGGCUAGUUUAAAGGUCCCACAUUAUACCACCAGGUUUGAGUGUGAUCAGCCGUUACAAGCCGUGUUGAAAAUCGCCCUCUUUUGACAUCACAAGUGGCGUGUCCACCUAGAUGUAUGACGGAUAGAUGAGCAAUGUUUGCUACAGUCUACUGAGUAGGCUGGUAGACAUAUAGAUAGAUAUAUCCAGCACACAUCUAGGUGGACACGCCCACCGAUUUUCAAAACGGCUUCUAACGGCUAAUAACACCUCUUGGUAUAAUAUGGGACCUUUAAAAGGUGGACUUCCAAAGUAAGCUCUGUCUUCCAGUCAGAUUGAAUCGCAUGUUUAAGUGUGUGCACUGUGUUGUUGCUUUUUACAAGCAGACAAAACGUUCUAAAACAUGUCAACAUCCAAACUGUGUCGGUUAAGAUCCACAGCUAAAGGUAGAGUUAUGGUUACACGUCGAUGCAACGCAAGGGGGUUUACGGACCCAUUACGUCCUCGCGGACCCUCCUUGCGUACCCCGCAAGGGCUUGAGUUUCGCCUCCCAAAAAUGUUAACCUUGUGUCAAGGCGAUGCAGCAGCGAGGGCUGUCAUUGGUCCGCUAACUACAUCAUUUCCGGCCAUUCGCUUUUCCGGUUUCACUUGCCUAAACACCGCCAUUUUAAUAGUGUGUUUUGGUCGGACAUGGGAAAAGCCGGCAGGUAAACAAAUAGGCUACAAUGAGGCUAUCAACGAUAGACAUCACAUGAGUCUUGGUCGGUCGGUCAGUCUUUACAAAAAACAUAGCGCCCCCUACCGGUGGGGCGAUGAAUUGCACAGCGACACCAAGACCCGAAACAGAACCAAAACAGGUUUGCGACUGCGUCGAAGUGACUGCAUAGUCAUUCCGUCGCGUCAACGUGGAACCAAAAACCAACCUUUAGACUCUGUUAAGACGGAACCCCUUCGUCGAAGCAUGUGAGGACAGACGAUGGUUAAAUAACAAAAAAAAUCUGUCAAAGCUGCUGUCUAUCCGUUUUAGUGUUUCUCUUUUACAUUUUAAAUGUCCCAUGUUACACCACCAGGUGUGAGCGUGAUUAGCCGUUACAUGCCCUUUUAAAAAUCUGCCUCCUCCUGUGUUUUAAUGACAUCACAGGUGGGCGUGUCCACCUUGCUGUGUGACGGAUAGAUGAGCAACGUUUGCUGCAGUCCACUACAGGCUGGUAGACUGAUCUCUCCAGCACACAUCUAGAUGGACACGCCCACUUGUGAUGUCAGAAGAGCCAGAUUUUCAAAACGGCUCGCAUUGGCAAAUCACACUCACACCUAGUGGAAUAAUAUAAUAUUUAACAUUGCUGAUGCACAAUCAUAAAAAAAAAUGGCUCUAAUCAGACACCCACACUAGAAACAAAGCUGAUUGUUUCUUUGCAACCCAAUUUUUUUUCUUUAUGCACAUUCACUUUUUUAAAACCGAUUUGAAUUCCAAAACUCCAAAAUUCCCUAAGUCAUUCGCCUCACACUGCUUUCUAUCUGAAUAUAUACCGUAAAGUUUCUCUUGCCAUCAAUUUCACAAUUUACCUUCCUAUAAAAUAGGAAGGUUAACUGAUUUGUUGUUAUCACUUAAAGUCAUUAUUUAAUCCUAAUAACCUAGGGAGACCUAUCACCUGCCACCAUUUAGUUUUCUGGUCAUAUGACCCAAAUUAAAGUGGUUAUUAUCUUAUCUGACGAGGUCAUCAAGACAUUUUUUAAGACGAAACGUUUGAAGGUUUAGGGGAAAUGUCACCAAUUUAUUUAAAGGUGACAUAUUAUUCCACCAGGUGUGAGUGUGAUUAGCCGUUAUAAGCCUUUUUGAAGUUCUGCCGCUUCUGAUAUCAUAAGUGGUAAGUGGGCGUUUCGACCUCGAUUUGUGACGGAUGGAUGAGCAACAUUUGCGACAGUCCACUGGGUAGGCUGGUUGAUUGAUCUAUCCAGCAAAUAUAGGUGGACACACCCACUUGUGAUCAGAAGAGGUCGAUUUUCAAAACGGCUUGCACCGGCCAAUAGGGCUUUGACUCCGAACUUCGUUAUUCGAAUAUAAUUCGAAUAUCAAAAAAUAAUUCAAAAUUCGAACGAAUAUUAGGCAGCCCUUAAUAUUCGAACCUGUUAUGGGCAGGCCAAGAGGGAGAGACGUCGGAGAACCCGACGCAGUCUAUUCAUAAUAUUGUAAUGACCACGGAAGAGGCAGUGAAUGAAGUAUUGUUUAGACAGCGAUUUAUUAGAAACCUAAUAAACCGUUGGAACACGCAAGACCGGUAACUAGUGGUGCAACGGUUCACGGGUUUCCCGUGAUCUGUACGGAUCAACCCUCACGGUUCGGGACGCAAGUGAUCCGCGGAUCGGCUGAUAAAAAAAAAAGUUGUGCAUUCACGUGAUCAGCGCAUGUUUAAAGGACAAUUCCAGUAUUAACAACAUCAUCAAGUAUCGUAGCGAAAUACAGUUUCUGUUGUGUUUUAUUUGGCGUUCCGUAAAUCCCAUGGAAACGGAAACCGGAACCGGACAUGUUUAUGUUUGGUUGUAGUCUUUUCGCUCGGUUCUCCGUAUCAACAGUAGGGCUAGAACCUAGCGAAAAGACUACAACCAACCUCCCUUGCAAUGAGCAAUGUGUCUUCCAACCGAAAUCAAUGGAUUUACAGAAUGCCAAAUAAAACGACAGAAACUGUAUUUCGCUACCAUACUUGAUGAAAAAAAAGAUGAGGAUGUCUGCAUUGCCAUGGGAGAAUAUAGACUAACUCUCCCAAGGCAAUGCAGAAAUCCUGAAUUGUAAAUCCAGGGUUAGGGAUUACUUACUAUCCAUGUUAAAAAUAAGAAGGAAUAAUGCCUCAGAUUGCAAUUUUUUGUAAAUAUUGACUAUGCUUAAAGGAAGCAGGAUUAUUACCCUAUCUUUCACUUAAUUUUGUUUUUACACAUUUGAAGAUUUUAUUUAAAGUCACAUUUGUCUUGUUAUCUUUAUUGUUGUUGUUGAUCCGAAAAUGAUCCGACCCGUGACUCAAAAACCGUGAAAAAAAAACCUUGCUAUGCACCCCUACCAGUAACCAUAGCAACGCCGGUAAACAACCCCGGAAAGCCCAAUCCAGGUCUUACUGAAGGCAUUUAUUUAAUGGUCAAAAUAUUAUUAAUAAAUAUUCGAAAAUAUUCGAAUAUUAAUAUUAAUAAACAAACGUACUUCAAAUAUGAUUUUUGGGCAUAAGUCAAAGCCCUACCGGCCGAUCACACCCACACCUGGUGGUGUAAUAUUUCACCUUUAACUUAGAUACCAGACCGCCAUACUGAGUUUAACGCCAUAAGAAAAUGUGUCUAUGUGUUUCUAUGGGCUUUACCUGAAAAGCACAAAAAUAUUAAGACUAUGUUACUGAGUGGUUGUCUUAUAGGAAACCUUGUACAAUUAAGUUCAUGAUUUAUAAAUGUACUUCCAUCAAUCCUUUUGACUUUAAUACCAAAGCAGCAAAACUAGGCGGAUAUGAUAUCGAAACCUUAAAUAUUGUCGAACUUGUACAACAUCAAAUUAUUAACAAUUAAUUAUUUUAUUUUAUUCUUUCCAUUUGUAAACUUACAAGCGGUUAAACUAGACACAUAAUUUGACGUUCCUUAAUUAAACUAAACAGUUUAUUAUCUUGCAACCAAGAGAGCAAAUUCAUGUUUUUUUUAAAUAGUUUCUUGAUUUUGGAAGGAUCUUUCUACACAUAUAUAUUUGAGAAAACAAAUGCAAAAAAACGAAUUCAUCCAUUUAUGUGCAACAAUUAAACUAAAAUGCAAAUAAAUAUGGGGCACGCCUCUGGACCAAUUAGCCCUACCUUGAACACUGUGAAGUAUUACAAUGAUUUACAUUGUGUUUUCCUGCAUGCAAGCAAUCAACAUUAAAGCCUAUAUGCAUUAUACCUUUGUGGGACAACCCGGCAGAUCCGUAGUGCUCCAAACAUUAUUCUCCAAUCCAGUCAACUGCUGGCCAAACGCCGUACGUCACUCCACAACCUGAUAAUACAUUUCUGCAUUCAAAGACUUAGCCCCCGUUACUUUAUUGUCAAAGAGUUUAGAUUAAACUUCCCAUUAGAGACAUUUUGGUUUAAAUUUUGAGAAUAUUCAAAACGUUAUGAAAUAUAUACUUCCACUCAAGGAAAAAGGAUGUAUCUGCACUUGAUAAUCGAUUAGGAUUUUGGCAUGUUCACAGCGUCACUUUAUUUUUUACUUAAACGCACAAACUUAAAGUUCUUCCAUAUCUAAUCCUUUUAAAUUAACCAAAUGAAAACUAAAUUAUAGUAGUCUCCUGUUUACUAUGCUAAUGUGUGAAUUUUCAAUAUAUAUUUUUUACUAUUUUAAACAUUGUUUAGAAAUGGCAUUGUUUUUUAAUGAUCUGAAUGGGCAUUCAUAAACUAACGUUGUCAUGUUGCAGGAGUUUGCUCCAAUAAAUGUAAAAGUGCUGGAAAGGUUUUUCUUCAGGAGGUGACAGUCCAAGUAAUUUCAGUAUAUGUAAACCAAGUCUUACUUUUGAUCGUUUGUAAUAAAUAAUAUGCUUUGUUCAUGAAUGUGAUAUUUUUUUUGCAACCCUGCACAAUAUUAUGUACAGUCGAUUUUGUGAGAAGUAUACAAUACAAUAAUAAUGACAAUUCCUAGAAUGAUAGUGUUUAUAUUUAUAUCAUGGUUUCUGUUCUAUGUUAUGAAACAGUAAAAUCCUUAAACAUUGAA